UCACACCUUAACAGCUUGAAAAUAGAUAGUGGGUUUUGGUUGGUCUUGUCCUAACAUCAAGAACCUCUCCCACCUCCAUACUACAACUAUAAUAAUCUCCUCUUUUUGUAAAAUAAAUAUAUAAAUAAUUACUGAUUCUCUUAUCUUCUUGAAUUGAAAAGGCCCCAAUUUUCAUCACUCUCUCUUUGUAAAUUAGGGCAAAAAUAUGCAGCAACAGCAGCAGCAACAACCACCGCCGAUGAUGCCUUCAUUUCCCCAAUCAAAUAUUACUACUGAACAGAUCCAGAAGUACCUUGACGACAAUAAGAAAUUAAUUUUGGCAAUUAUGGACAAUCAGAAUCUCGGAAAACUUGUUGACUGUGCUCAUUACCAGGCUCUGCUCCAAAAAAAUCUGAUGUAUUUAGCUGCAAUUGCCGAUGCGCAGCCACAAGGACCAAUGAUUCCAUCUCAGAUGGCUCCACAUCCUAUGAUGCAGCCAGGAGGGUUUUACAUGCAACAACCUCAAGCAGCAGCUGCAGUGCCGCAGCAACAGCAGCAGCCUGUUUUGACUCCAAAGGGACCUUUACAGUUUAAUACCCCACAUUCGAUGCAGGAUUUGCAGCAGCAGAAGAUACUUCAACACCAUGUACAGGGAGGACUCCCAGGGCCAAGUGGAGGACUCCCAGGGCCAAGUGGUACAAGAUCAGUAGCGCCCAACAACAGUACAAAUCCGAUCCACAUGGAGGCCAGCCGUGGAGGCGGGGAUGGGGGUUUGUUGACAGAAGCUAAAACUCCGAGCAAGGCACGUGGAGGUGGAAGUAAGCAAGAUGCCAAUGAGGGGUCACGUGUCCCCAGCGCAAGUGGCGCUAGAAGCUCAGCUACUGGAAAAGGCAGUGGAGAUGCAGAAGCCAAAUGAUCUAUAUACCAUGUUUCGGGAUGUGGCUGUUGAUAGUAGGCCUCUCACCUUAGAACUAGUGUUCAUCUGGUUUUUACUAAACUUGGAUGUGAUAGUUUAUUUCAGGUUGGUUUUAUUGAGAACAGGUAGCUUGUGUUGUGGUUAGUACUAAUACAUCAGCUUAAGAGUUUGCUUUCUA